GCGAUACUGAUGGAUGUGAAGCCUGCAGUGAAGAACCUGAACGACACCAAGACCCGGGUGAGCCGUGCCCUGGGGAAGAAGGAACCCGAUGCGACGCUGCAGCCGCUGGUGGAGGCGCUUCUACAAGCCAUCGAGCACUUCAAGCAAGUUGCAAAGCCGGUACGUGAUGCCGAGCAGAAAUCCUCAGCUGCUGCGAAGCCAAAGGGCAAAGCGAAAGCGAAGGGCAAGAGU